UUUACAAUUGCACCAAUCGCGCCGAUUUUUGCCGCAUGACAACAAACCAAGGAAAUUAGAAAAUCUGAACAUGAACAAUUAAAUAACAACACCGACAAUUAAGUAACGAACUCAAAUAUUUUCUGAAUUAUUAAUUAUUUCAAGAUCGGUGAUAAUAUCCGGGAAAUAUGGCGAAACAUCAUCCGGAUUUGAUCUUCUGUCGCAAGCAGCCGGGAGUCGCCAUCGGUCGGCUUUGCGAGAAAUGCGACGGCAAAUGCGUCAUCUGCGAUUCCUACGUCAGGCCCUGCACGUUGGUUAGAAUAUGCGACGAGUGCAAUUACGGCUCUUAUCAGGGACGUUGCGUGAUAUGCGGCGGUCCUGGCGUGUCGGACGCGUAUUAUUGUAAAGAAUGCACGAUACAGGAGAAAGACAGGGAUGGCUGUCCCAAAAUAGUUAACUUGGGAAGUUCAAAGACAGAUCUCUUCUACGAGAGAAAGAAGUAUGGAUUCAAAAGGAGAUAAUCGUACAUAAAUCUUACAUUAAUUCUUAGAUAUGGUGAUACGGAUACAUUAAAGUACUGUUUCUUUAUAAUACGUUUGCUAAAUGUAAGUUGAACACAUCAGGUAAUUUAUUAUUUUUAUAAAAAUAUCAUUACAGCAGUAACAAAAUUUUAUUUUAUAUUACGAAUAUUUCUGUGUAACGAACCAUGUUCUCGAGCAUGAGUGUCCAACCUUUGGCUUGCCAGCCUUUGGGCUGCAUCAAGUAAAGAGGAAUUGUCUCAGGCCAAAUAUAAAAUAUAUGUAAUAUAGUUAUAUGUAUGAAUUUACGAUUUUGUGAGAACGCAGUAUUAGGGCUGCAGAUUGGACACGCCUGCUCUAAAGUAUAUCAAAUAAUUUGGAUGCAAUACAAUUAAAUGUUUCUUGGC